AUGCCGCGUAAGGCAAUUGAUUCGCGCAUUCCUGCGCUUAUCCGCAAUAACUUGCAGGAGAAGAAACGAAGCUUUUUCGUCGUUGUUGGUGACCGCGCAAAAGAUGCGAUCGUCAACCUGCACUAUAUUAUGUCGUCGCACGAUGUCAAACAGAACAAGUCCGUUCUCUGGGCCUAUAAGAAGGACCUUUUGGGAUUCACCAGUCACCGCAAGAAGCGCGAGGCGAAGAUCAAGAAGGAAGUGAAGAGGGGCAUCCGGGAACCGAACCAAGAAGACCCUUUCGAAUUGUUCAUCACUCUUAAUCAGAUUCGUUAUGUCUACUAUAAAGAGACGGAAAAGAUCCUAGGUAACACCUAUGGAAUGUGUAUUCUCCAAGAUUUCGAAGCCAUUACACCGAAUCUGCUCGCCCGAACGAUCGAAACCGUGGAAGGAGGUGGAAUUGUGUUAUUGCUUUUGAAGGGCAUGAGCAGUUUGAAGCAACUCUAUACAUUAUCGAUGGAUAUCCACUCAAGAUACAGAACAGAAGCACAUGAUGAUGUGGUCGCCCGUUUCAACGAGCGGUUCAUUCUGUCCCUUGGUAGUUGCGAUUCAUGCUUGGUUGUCGACGAUGAACUGAAUGUCUUACCGAUAUCCGGAGGAAAGAACGUCAGACCACUGCCACCACCAGACUCUAUCGAUACUUCUAAUACUGGCACAAAGAAGGAGCUGAAGGAGAUCAAGGAGAGCUUGGCAGACUCGCAACCAGUCGGGUCGUUGGUUAGCUUGGCUCGCACGGUUGAUCAGGCGAAAGCACUCCUGACAUUUGUCGAUGCAAUUGCGGAGAAGACGCUCCGGAGUACGGUUGCCCUGACUGCCGGAAGAGGACGAGGAAAGUCUGCAGCUCUGGGUGUUGCUAUUGCAGCGGCUGUUGCGCAUGGUUACAGCAAUAUCUUCAUCACGUCUCCUAGCCCGGAGAACUUGAAAACGCUGUUCGAGUUUGUGUUCAAGGGAUUCGAUGCUCUUGGUUAUCUUGACCAUGUUGACUAUACCAUUCUUCAAUCCACUAACCCCGACUUCAACAAGGCUAUUGUCAGGGUUAACAUUCAUCGGCAGCACCGUCAGACCAUCCAGUACAUUCAGCCCCAAGAUGCCCAUGUCCUAGGUCAGGCGGAGCUGCUGGUCAUCGAUGAGGCGGCAGCGAUCCCUCUACCCCUUGUCCGCAAACUGAUGGGUCCUUACCUUGUUUUCAUGGCUUCCACUAUCAAUGGUUAUGAAGGUACUGGUAGGUCCCUCUCUUUGAAGCUGAUUCAACAACUUCGUGAGCAGUCACGCGGAGGACUCAAGGCCAAUGGCGGGGAGGAUAUUGAUGUCGCUGAUCGUGCAACCGGGAAGGCGGCCAAAAACACAGACAAGAGCCUAGGUGGACGGUCUCUGAGAGAGAUUACCCUGUCCGAACCUAUCAGAUAUGCGCCUGGGGAUUCCGUAGAGAAAUGGCUGAACAAAGUCUUAUGUCUCGACGCGACACUGCCAAAGUCCAAGAUAAACACGCAGGGCUGCCCGCAUCCCUCUCAGUGUCAGCUGCUUCAAGUCAACCGCGAUACCCUGUUCUCGUUCCACCCUGUUUCUGAGAAGUUCCUUCAGCAGAUGAUGGCUCUCUAUGUUGCUAGUCACUACAAGAACACACCGAACGACCUUCAGCUCAUGAGUGAUGCCCCGGCGCAUCAGCUUUAUGUUCUUGUUCCACCAAUCGACGAGGAAGCUACCAAGCUUCCGGAGCCUUUGUGUGUUAUCCAGGUUGCGCUGGAAGGUCGCAUCAGCAGACAGAGUGUCCUCAAUAGCUUGAGCCGUGGUCAACGUGGUGGAGGCGAUCUGAUCCCAUGGCUUGUUAGCCAGCAGUAUCAGGAUGAGGACUUUGCUGGUCUCUCGGGUGCCAGAGUUGUCCGUAUCGCGACCAAUCCAGAGUAUUUGAACAUGGGAUAUGGUUCUCGUGCUUUGGAGCUCUUGGUUGACUUCUAUGAAGGCAAAUUCACUAGCCUUUCUGAAGACGUCAACGAAACCCAGGAAGAAAUGGUCAGAGUAACGGACGACGAGCUCACGAACUCCAACCUUCUGGAUGACAACAUCCAUGUUCGUGACAUCCGCUCGAUGCCACCCCUUUUCGGAAAACUGUCCGAACGUCGUCCAGACGCUCUUGACUACCUUGGUGUCAGCUAUGGCUUGACACCAUCCCUCCACAAGUUCUGGAAGCGUUCUGCCUUUGCCCCCGUGUACCUCCGCCAAACACCCAAUGAUCUAACGGGUGAGCAUUCAUGCGUGAUGCUGCGCACUCUUUCCUCCGGUCCAAAUGAUUCCAGCUGGCUGGGUGCUUUCGCACGGGACUUCCACAAGCGUUUCCUUGCCCUGCUAUCAUAUCAGUUCCGCGAGUUCCCCUCCGUGCUCUCCCUCAGCAUUUGUGAAUCUGCCAACGCAGGUGCCAAACUAGACCCUUCCAUCACCUCAGCUCUCCUCAGGAAGUCCGAUCUCGACACUCGCUUCUCCCCCUUCGAUCUCAAGCGUAUCGACAGCUACGCCAACAAUCUCCUCGAUUAUCACGUCAUCCUCGACAUGGUCCCCACCAUCGCAGAGUACUACUUCUCCGGCCGUCUCAACGGCAAAGUAAGCCUCUCCGGCGUGCAACAGUCCAUCCUCCUGGCCGUCGGCCUGCAGCACAAGAGCAUGGACGACCUCGAGAAGGAACUGAGCCUGCCCUCAUCCCAGCUCUUGGCCAUGUUCCUCAAGAUCGUCCGUAAGAUGUCGACCCACUUCCGCUCCGUCAUCGAAGGCGCCGUCGCGGAGACCAUGCCUUCCGAGCAAGUCCCCGUGAGCCAGGCUUCUACCGAUGCGCACGACGACGUGGUCGUCGACGAGCGCUUCAAGCCCCUGGAGACUGGUCUGGAUGAGGAGCUCCGCGAGGGAGGACAGCAGGUGGACGCGGAAUUGCGCGAGAAGCAACGAGCCUUGAUUGAUGCUCUUCCUCUCGACAAAUACGAGAUCAACAACGGUAGUGCUGCGUGGGAGGACGCCGAGAAGCAGAUCCGGGGCGGAGGCGCCUCGACGGUCAGCAUUAAGUCGUCGAAGCCCAGCAAGCGCAAGAAGGGAGAGUCAGCUCGUGAAAUUUACGACCAGGAGAUUGACUCGAAAAGACAGAAGAUCAUUAAGAAGGGAACGGAGGGCAAGAAGAAGAAGCACUAA